AUGCAAGCCCUAAGCCGCCAGUCCGAGACGCCGUACCUCCCGCUCGGUCUCCGCCGAGGUGCUCCCGACUUACCAAAUUUCUCCAUUGACCUGAACUGGCCAAAACCUGAGUGCGAAAGUACCUCUCGACCGAGGACGUAUCCGUCUCCGCCCAUGUCUGGGUCCCCUUCGUUGCCGCCGAUAUCCAGUCAAGGGGUCGGAGACAGAAGCCAGGGAGUCUACCACACGCCUGCCAGUCAGGAUGUCCGCCAAGGGACCGCAUCAGCUCACGGGGACUUUGCAUCGCAUGCGCCCAGCUAUCAGACGCAACCGUACCACCUCCAAGCCCAAACACAAGCCCCGCAACCUGUACCGGUGACAACGCAAGCCCAAGCCUACAUGGGCCCUUACCAGCACGAGUCUUUUGACAGGACGCACUAUGGCAUUGAACGACCUUCGCAGAGCCAGCACCGCCCGACACAGUAUCAAGCACCUGCUCCCGGCAGCAUAUUACCACCUCACCCCUAUAUGCACCACUCGUCUCUCGGACUUGGUCACGGGCAUCUUUCCAGCCUUGGCCCUCCUCCGACCCUCUCGGGACCUCCACAGCCAUCUUAUUCAAACUCGCCGAGGCCUUCACCCCAAGAGGUCCAUCCCUAUAGCUCCCCGAAAACACAAAGAAAAACGAAGGGCCACGUGGCUUCAGCGUGUGUUCCUUGCAAGAAAGCGCAUCUUAGGUGUAUCAGCAAUGGCAAGGAAGACUCAUGUGUCGAUGUCCAGCAUAAAAAACGGGGCCGACCCCGGUUACGAGACGAUAGGGAAGUGAGGUAUGACGUGUCUGGAAGACACGGUCCUUCACUUGAAGGUAGCAUGAGGAGACCACUCUCGCUCUAUUCGCAAGCGCCUCCCCCGAGCCACGUUGGCGGAUACGAAGACUCGAUGAGAAGGUCACAGUCAUAUCGAGUGCUGAAGUCGUUGCCCUCAGAAGGACCAGCUCCACCGAGAUACCUGGAACGUGCAUCCGCAGCAGACGCCAAUAUAUUCCCGGCGCCCUUGUCGAUCGCUCCGCGACAACAGGAGGCGGUAGCCUUCAUGACUACCGACUUUGAGGUUGCCAAGACGUCAAGCGGGUUUCUCGACGCUAUUGGUCGCCACUCCAUCAAGGGCUUAAAGCUAUCUGAUGUUGUGGCUUCGACGGAUAGAGAGCGGGUAAUAAAUCUGCAAACGCAGCUUCAGGAUGAACAACGAAGGAAGGAACCGAGCUACUUACCUCCAAUGUUUGCGAGGCAGGAGGAAGAGAGGAUAUUCCAUGGAUUAGGCUUCAGCCCGGAGGAGAUCGCUAGAUUCUCGCUCGACAAACAGUUGUUGUUGACCUUCAACUCGCACGACGGGCAGCUCAGGACCUGCACGGCUCGGUUCGGGCUCGCCAAGCUGGAAUCGAUAUUCUUUGUCGUCGUCCAACUGAACAGUGGAGCACGAGCCCAUGGCCAUCUGACGCCAUCACCGCACCCGAGGGACCCUCGUGAUAGUCCCUUCCAAUACCAAAGCCCACUCCCUCAAUACCAGCCCCAACCACCCCAGCCCACUCCAGUCUCGGCGACCUUUGGCUCUGCGAGGCCACGUUUGGGUAGUGAUACCAGUGUGUAUGGUGUGAGAUCUCAAGGUUCUGGUUCACAAAUGAUGUCGACUCACAGCCCAGGCAUGUCUUCGUCUUCGUAUGCCGCAUCGCCCAGCCGCACGGAAUAUCCGGCGGCGGUGGGAUCGUAUCAGAUACCGAGAAGCGAGCUUCCUCCUGCGACGCGACCUGCCCUUCCACAGCAACCAACAUUCCAGCUUCCACCCAUAAGAAGUCAGCAACCAACCAGUACGACAGCUCCACCAGAGUCAUCGUCUUGGCCACGGGACGACAGGCUCAAGGUGGGUGGUUUGAUAGACAACCCAGAGUCUUUUGACCAGCCCAAGCCGCGAUAG